GCUCUCACGCAGCGAGCAGCGCGCGGAGAGAUGAGUUUACACAAACAACACGAAGAGGAAGAAGAGGAAGAAGAAGGAGGAGAAGGAGGAGAAGUCUCACGCUGGUGCAACUUUUAAGUACUUUGUUGUGAGCUCAGAGGGACCCGGACUCCAGCGGACCCUGGUUGAACCUGGACUUUAAAGAUCCUCUGCGGGUCUGCUGCUGCUGCUGGAGCUCAACUGGUUUCUGUUUGUGGUUUUACUGGUUCCAGUUCUUCCGUUCAGCCUCAUUAACUCACUGCUGCUGCUGAUACUAUCGAUCAAUACAAUAUGAACAUAUGAAUGAAUCAAUAACGCUCUGGCAGCUCCUCUGAUGUCACCCUGAGGGACUCGAACCAGUGACACUGCAGACACAACCUGGUCAACCUGGACUGACGACUCACUGAGGAGGAGGAAGAGGAGGAAGAGGAAGAGGAGGAAGAGGAGGAAGAGGAGGAGGGAGGAGGAGGAGGAGGAGGAAGAAGAGGAGGAGGAGGAUGCUGCCUCGGACCACUGACUACCAAACCAAGAAAAGACCUGAAGAAGAAGAGGAGGAGAAACAGACUACUCCUCUUCCUCUCGUUACCAUGCCAACCUCAGAUGUCCAAUUAGAGGCUGCAGCGAACCCUCCAUCCAAUCAGGACGUGAGCUCAGAAUCCUCAGAGGAGACGACAGCCACCCUCUCGGACGCCAACAGGGAGACGUCACCAUGGCAACAGAGGGAGGAAGAGGAGGAGGAGCACGACGAAAAGGAGACGCAGGCAGUGGCGUCAUCUCCUGACGGACGAUUCCUCAAGUUCAACAUCGAGAUCGGACGCGGGUCCUUCAAGGCCGUUUAUAAAGGACUGGACACGGAGACAACGGUGGAGGUGGCCUGGUGUGAGCUACAGACUCACCGUCUGAAUAAGAUGGAGCGUCAGAGGUUCAACGAAGAGGUGGAGAUGCUGAAAGCUCUGCAGCAUCCAAACAUCGUCCGCUUCUUUGACUCCUGGAAGUCCACGCUGAGGGGCCACAAAUGCACCAUCCUGGUGACGGAGCUCAUGACGUCCGGGACCCUCAAGACGUACCUGCGCAGGUUCCGUCAGAUGAAGCUGAAGCUGCUGCAGCGUUGGAGCUUCCAGAUCCUGAAGGGGCUGCAGUUCUUGCACUCACGCUGCCCCCCCAUCCUGCACCGAGACCUCAAGUGUGACAACGUCUUCAUAACUGGACCCUCCGCCUCCGUCAAGAUCGGAGACCUGGGUCUCGCCACGCUCAAGAAGGCCUCGUUCGCUAAGAGUGUCAUUGGGACCCCAGAGUUCAUGGCUCCGGAGAUGUAUGAGGAGAAGUACGAUGAGGCUGUGGACGUUUACGCCUUCGGCAUGUGCAUGCUGGAGAUGGCGACGUCUGAGUAUCCGUAUUCCGAGUGUCACAACGCCGCCCAGAUCUACCGCAAAGUCACCAACGGAAUCAAACCCAAUAGUUUCUCCAAAGUGAAAGUCCCCGAGCUGAAGGAGAUCAUUGAAGGCUGCAUUCGAACCAACAGCAAUGAGAGGUUCACGGUUCAGGACCUGCUGGAUCACCGGUUCUUCCAGGAGCAGGUGGGAGUCCACGUGGAUCUGGCCGAGGACGAUGAUGGCUCGAAGGCAGCGCUGAAGCUCUGGCUCAGGAUGGACGGGAACAAGAAGCUCCACGGGAAAUACAAAGACAACAACGCCAUCGAGUUCCUGUUUGAGCUGUACAAAGACGUCCCCGAGGAGGUCGCCCAGGAGAUGGUGGUGUUGGGAUUUGUGUGUGAGGCGGACUAUAAGCUUGUUGCCAUGGCGAUCAGACACAGAGUGACGGCCAUAAAGCGUCAGCGGGAGAAACAGCACCGCCUGCUGGAGGAGAACCGCCAGAAGGAAGCCGUCAUCGAGGAAGAAUCUGAUCCCGCCCCCCAGUCACCUGAAGCGGCCAAUCAGAAGUCUGCAGCCGCCACGAGCUCGUCUGCUGGAAAGGUGGCCAGUCAGCCCUUCCCUGCCUGGAUCCAAGCCCCGCCCUCUUUAAGGACGACAUCUUCGACGCUGUCAUGGAGCAGCCCGGUGGAUUCUGGGAUCGGCAGCGUCUCCAGUCGGACGGAAGGAGACGGAGACGGAGACAGAGACGAGGAGGACGACAAGAUCUCCAAACAUACCUCAUACUCCUCCACUACAUCGGACUGUGAGAUGGACACCUCCUUCGGUUCCUUUGGGGUCCCAGAUAAGGUUGAAACCACGCCCCCUCCAGUCACAAACCCCGCCCCCCUACUUUCUAUCCCCGCCCCUGCUCCGGUGGCCCAGAAGACUCCUCGACGUGAAGCUGUUCCUCUCCAUGUGACCCGAGCUCCAUUCAAAGGCCCGCCCCUCCCUGUGCUGCGUUUCCCCAAGAGCAUCGCUGUGUCCCACAAUGCUGAGCGGCCACCGUCUGGAUCGGUCUGCGGCUUCUCCUCCCCUGUCGACAGCUACGCCUCUGAUGUGACCUCAGGUUUGAGUGACGGCAAUGAUGGCCAAUCAGACAAGAGCAACCAGGAAGCGGUCAAAUGGGCGGCUACGAAGCAGUUCAGGAGGAGAGCAAGGGCUCGUCUGAAAAUCAUAGGGGUGUCAGACAUGGUGGACCGGGUGGUGGAGUGCCAGCUGCAGACUCACAACAGUAAGAUGGUGACCUUUAAGUUCGACCUGGACGGAGACAAUCCGGAGGACAUCGCCUCUGUGAUGACGCACAGAGACUUCAUCCUGCCGUCAGAGCGAGAAGGAUUCAUCCUCCGCAUGUACGACAUCAUCCAGAGGGCGGAGUCUAUGAUGCAUCAACUGCAGCCGGCCAACACUGAUAGGUUAUCUCACCUGACCACCAUGGAGUCCACGCCAAACCUACCGGCACAGGGUCUCACCAGAACUCUGUCCUCAUCUUCACUUCCUGACAUUGCAGAUGCGGACCCGUCCCCACUGAAGGGAGUAGACUUCUACAUCGACCCUGAGGCCACCCCGUCCGUCAGACCACUGAGGUCACAGUCUUUCCACACCUCCUCAGCUUCCUCCCAUCAGCCCCCCACAUACCCCCUCCAUUACCCUCACCCAGACUCUGCUGCUCCUCCUCAGUAUCACCUUCCAUCUCCCCCUUACUCCCCGUACUCCAACCCCUUCCCCACCCAGAACUCCUCAACUGGCCUCCACCGUGUCCACAGUAACCCCUCCCUCCUCACCCCCACCUCCUCUUCCUCAGCUCCUCCUCCUCCUCACUGGCCCCCCCCGGACCAACCUCUCUUCUCUUUGGCUAAUGUACUCUCUCUAGCCAUGAGUGUGGCCCACUCCUUCAUGCCCCCACCUGGGACCCCCAACCAGGGCUUUCACCCCCAAUCCCUGUCUCCCCCGUUCCCCUCCCCACAGGCUGCUCCCCCCCCCCCCAUGUCUCCAUCCCUGGGUGCUAAGCUCCAUCUUCCGAGCCAUGUCUCCUUCUCUGCUCCCUUCUCCUCCCAGCUGUCCUACAGCACCCCCUCCUAUCAGCAGGGGGCGCCAUCCAGCUGGGCUCCAGACGCACCUCAGCCUCACAGUCCUGUUCGGCUGAAGGUCGGAUUUGCUCCGCCCCCUCGUGGUACAAACUCUGUCUCUGCUCCCAGCCUGACCAACAGUCAAAGUCUGACCAGUGCUGCUGUUCCGACUACUGUUCCUGUUUCGACCAGUGCUCCCAGUGCUCCCAGUGUUCCCAGUGCUCUCAGUGCUCCCAGUGUUCCCAGUGCUCCCAGUGCUCCCAGAGCCAGAGGAGAGCUCUGUGACUUUGUCUCGAGUCGUCACAACAGAGUGUCCUCCCCUGCCCCCCCCUCACCUGGACUGUCACCCAUACAGGAGGUGAAGAAAACUUCAGUCUUCACCGUUGGUCGUUUCCAGGUGACGCCCUCCAAAGAUAUUCCUGCUGUGCGUAUUCAGGAGCCACGCCCCCUCAGUCAGGCCACACCCACUGCCCACUCACCACCUCCCUCCAGACCGGACCAAUCAGAGAGCUCGGACAGCAGCACGGGGGAGCAGAGCGAAUCCGAGAGCAGCAUCAGCACAGUGACGGUCUCCCCACCUGGACACCUUCUGCAUUACCAUGACAACCCCGGAGGACAGGAGGAGGAAGAGAGGAGGAGGAAGAUGGAGGAGGAGGAGGAAGAGGAGGAGAAGAAAAGGAAGGGGGGUCAGAGGCUGAGCAUCAGCCUGUGGGAGGGGUUUACCGGCAGCCCCGGUAUGAGCGGUGGCAGCUUUGGCCAAUCAAGGAGCCGCCCGGCACCCUAUGUCAGCUCUGACGAAUCAGAGAGCGAGAAUGAGGAGAUGUGGGUGGAGCUGGAGGAGCUCCGUAAGAGACACCUGGCGGAGGUGCAGAACCUGCAGUCCAAUCAGAAGCGAGAGAUUGAGGAGCUCUAUCUGAGGGUGGGUAAAGUCCCGCCCCCCGGCAUUGUCUCUCCAGCUGCCAUGCUAAACCACCGCCAGCGCCGCCUCUCCAAGACUGGAAACUACCCUCCGUCUCGCAAAAACAGCCUGCAGAGACUGGACAUGCUGCCCCCUGUAGGGAUCAUGAGGAAGAGCUCGGUCAGUGGCAGCAGCAGUGGAUCUCAGGAGAGAGCAGGGAAAGGUGUAACCUUUGCCCCCGAACACAGCUGCAUGACUUUCUUUCUGGUUGGAGGAUCAGCAGGACGCAGAGACCUCCAUCAUGGGCAUCGCUGAUGAGUUGGUGGAGCUGAUUUACUCCUGGAUUGAGCAGAAGCAGCACUGUGCAGAGAAGCUGAGGUAUCUGGCCACAAGUUGGAGCCCUUUUGGUGGGAAUACAACAGGACCAUGGCCUGCACGUGGUUGUGUUUGAUCCUCAGACCAGUUGAUAGAAUCAUUGACCUCUUCUUAUUCAGCAGCAUCCUGAAAGAGGCUCAGGAGAUAGAAGAGAAGUGCAACAAAAUUGCAGAAAGACUCCAGGAGCGGCCUCAGCAACUGAUGGAGACGAGUCACUGUCCAGAACCAGAGCAAGUGGACAAACAAGUCAUGACUGAAAUUCUGAGAGCCAUGGCCAGACGAACUGGACAGAAUCUAAAGAUCGAUUUCACCAUACUUUAUUUUGAGUUACAGUCUUUUUUAAAUAAAGUACUGGGACGUAUUUCCAUCAUCAUCAGGUUGUGGGAGGAGUUAUAUUGGUGUUUAAACUUGCUGAGGUGAUUGACAACCUUAUCAAAGCGAUCAGGAAGAAUAGCAACGUGACCAAUGCCUGCCAAACACUGAGAGAAACAGCCAAGAGGACCGGGACACUGAGGGAACAGUUGGACAACAUCAAACAUGACAGUUCUGACACUCUCCUCCAGCUGAACUCAGUUUGGAUUCUCGUCACUUACAAAAGUCCAAAGAAAUGUAUGCAGUAUAAUUUCCAUCUGUAUAGUCAGACCAUUCACAUAUGUAAAGAUGGACGACAUGGACAGCUCUCCAAAAGUGAAGCCAGAACCUCUCUAUCUCCCCCUGGUGUCUGAGUGCAGAAUUGCUCAUAAAGCCUCCAUGUAAGCAGAUGAAACAAACUAAAAAAAUCGAAAUGGAGGAAGUGGAGACGUCCAUCUUUUAUAUGAGUCAUACUCAUACAUACUCAUAUUUUUACUAGAAUAUGGAUAAAUCUGUAGCAAGACCUACGAAAAGUCCUCAAAAUGACAAAUAAUCACUUCCAGACUCUGAAGCUAACAACAUGCUGGCUAGCAAAUUCACAGACGGUUUCAUUGGACACAUUUUGACAGGGGAUGGAACGGUUGACAACAUUCAGCAAGAUGUUUGAAGAGAUCGACAAAAGACGACAAGAAGAAGAGGAGAAGUCUAAAACACGACGAGAAGACGAGGAGAAGGCUAAAAAGCUUUCCAGAGAGAAAAACACUCGGCUAAUAUUGUGCUUUCUUCUUUCUCUACUUCCUCUGUAUAUUUGGUUAGGUUUCAUUUAUCAGAAAGAUGUCAUCACGAGUUUAGAUCCACCUCAGGAGAAGAAUAGAAACAAGGAGACUCAAACAGAUUAAAGAAAGGAAAAUGAACAGAAGUUAGAGCACAACCAAACGCCUCCUGGAACUAUAAGAGUGGGGUUACUUAAUGUUCGCUCAAUGAAUAACAGACGAUCCAGGAUCUUAGAGCUCAUAACUCAAAACAACCUGGACGUCUUUCUCACAACAGAGACAUGGUUAAGAGAAGACAAUGCAGACACAGUCCUCAGGGAGGCUUCACCACAGAAUUACACUUUAUUAUUAUAAAUUAUAAAUAUUAUAUAUUAUCAGGUGAGGGUUGGUCAAAGGGGUGGAGGGGUAGCGAAUCAGUUCUCACAGGAGCUGCAGGGUGAAAACAUUCCUUUUGACUCUAUAACAACCUUUGAAUGUGUUGUCACAGUUCUGCAUCAUGAUGAGUGGAACCAGCCGGUCCCCAUCAUCAAUGUGUAUCACCCACCGGGGUACAACAGGGACCAGUUCCGUACAUUUCUGGAUGAGUUUGAAACGCUCUUAGAUUAUUUCAACAACUACAACAGCAUCAUUGUGACUGGAGAUUUCAAUAUCUGGGUCGAUCAGGAAAGGAGGUCUUUCACUGAUGAGUUUUAUCAUAUUUGGCCGAUCUACAACCUUGAGCAGCAUGUGCAGGAGCCAACACACCGGGCAGGUCACACUCUGGAUCUCGUCCUCACCAGAAAUGUUGAAAUCUCUCAUCUCGUUGUCCAAAAUGAUGGAAUAUCAGAUCAUUACACCGUAUAUUUCAAUGCAAAGCCAAAAGAUAAGAGGAAGAAAACUAAGAAGAAAAAGAAUUAAGACAAGCGGUCAACAAUGGUUGAAAAAGAGGGAAGAAUAGAAAAUCAUCACAUUCAAAAGAAAAAUGUUGAAGUUGAAGAAAAUCCAACAUGAAUUCAGAAUAUGUAAUUAAUUGCCAUUUCUUUAAAUUUGUUAAAGACACUUGACUCCAUUAUCGAGAAGUGGAACGCUGUUAAAAGGAUGCAAAACAUUGUGUUUCUCCACAAUGUUGGCGUAGCGUGAAAUUCGAUCCGGUAUCCGCACAGGGUAUUUUAUUUUGAAAAUUGACCAGAUUCUCUAUGCCAUUUCUGUGUAUGUCUUCCUGCCAAUGUGAUCUACUCUGUGUUGCUUUUGUCAAAAAUAGACCAGCCAUGUAUCCCCCACAAAAGAGAGCAGAGAAACACUUCUGGUGGAAUCACGAGCAUUAUCUAGAACAGGCGUGGCCAUGAUUUAUCAUGAUGAAAGAUUUAUUGAAAAAAGUCAAAUAAUUCAGGAAAAAUAAAAAUAAAGGAAUCCUGAAGUAGUUAAAGGAGUAUUAAAGUAAGUAAGUAAGUAAGUAAAGUAUAAUGAAGAAUAUCUUUAUUGUGAGACCAACGCGUAUCGGGGUUGUGGCUGAUGAAGUUGAAGAUACAAUCUUACUACAAGUGUUGCUGGAUUUAAACACAAAGUAACAUUAUGACAAAAUAAUAAUGAAUAAUGAAAAAUGUUUGUAGAUCCUUCACCUUCAGUUGGCAAGACAUUUAUCAAAAGAGUCAACGUGCCUUCACGUCAAAGCAGGUUGUGUGUUGGUGCCUGUAAGAUUAACUUUAGACAGCUAAACCCACUUAAAAGUUAUAUAAAUUGAAUUCACUUUCCAAAAGAACGGGACAGGAAUACAACAAAAUUCCCCAAAACCGUCUUUGUUAAUCUUUCCAACAAUCACCAACUCUGGUUUGGUGGAAAUAAAUCCUUAAUUCACCGACGUAGAUGAUAAAAACAGCAGUUUCAGUCGGAGCAGACCGGCUAUGGAAACAAACCACAGAGAGACUGCGAUACAACACAGACAGAGGGAGUGAGACGCCAUGUGACUCUGUAUCUGUAUAUAGAGAAUAGCUGUUUGCUCUAAAUAUAAUAUAUAUUAAGACAGUGUGGUUUUGGCCUAGAUUGUUUUGGGUGAUGUCUAGCUCUUGUUGCUAUUGAGUGUGAAUGCACUUAUAGUCACUGUGCAUGCAAGUGUGAUGGAGUCCAAGCACUCUAACAGACAGUCUGAAUCAAGCUUCUAAUCUUUACAUUUGUUUAAAGUUUAUCAGGAAAGUGUAAAUAUAUUUAGUUUAAAACGUGUUUGACCAUGAGCAGAGCUGUCAGAGUUCCAGUUACCUGACUGAGCUUGGAAACACCCUGAGUGGAAAUGAUGUUAGCUGUUUAAAUUCAUUUGGCUGCUGUUCACUAUUAUUGAAUAAUUAAACACUAAUCAAAAUGUUCUGUGAUCAUUGCUUUAUUCAGAGUCAGUUCACUAUUGAACAUGGUUAUGGUAAUAUAAUCCACACAUUUAUUCACUAAUUCAUAAAAUCACAACUUCAAUCAGCUGCUCCACUCCUCCAUCAUCCCUGAGUGUAAUCUGCUGCUCAAACACCAGAUGGCAACAGAGAUCAGUCAGAUUCAAUCACAGACACAUGUCAUAUAAUGUGUAAUGUAAUUUCUAUAUUUGAUUAAAAGAAAACUAAAAUCUAAA